GCUUGACUCUGAAGGAAUUGACUCUGUUUAUGCCAAGCAAGCAGAUGAUCACAGGAUCUUUACAUUAUCUGUUCUCUUGUCAUCCAUAUUGAUUUACAAUUCUGCUGGUGUGCCCAACCGCUCAGACCUCGAGGGUCUAGACUUCAUCGCACAACUUUCCCAGCGAAUCCAGUUGUACACCAAGAAGAAGAAUGCAACAUAUAAAGACGAGAGCCAUUUCUACGAGGCAUUUCCCAACUUUAUCUGGCUUUUGAGAGACGUGGUUCUUGAAAUCCCUGCAGGAUGUAGCAACAUCAAGGAGUACUUCCUGAAGAAAGUUUUGAACGCAGAAGGUGAAGCAGGAUCAUCAAGAAGAGCUCUCAAGGCAGCAGACAGCAUCCUUAAUUUCUUCUCAGAUUUUGAUGCCUUUUCUCUGCCACCUCCUUCCUACCGUCCACAGGUUGUGCAAAACCUCAACGACAAGUCACUAGAGUCCCAAGUUAAUUCCAAAUUCUUAGAAGGUAUCAAAGGAUUUAAAGCCAUGCUCCAUCCCAAACUAGCACCAAUGAAAUCUAUAAACGAAGGCGAAUUUGUGACUGGAGAAGCUCUAGCUGCCCUGGCUCAGCUGUUUGUCGAGGCUCUCAACACUCCAGGCACCGUACCCAACGUAGAGAACGCGUGGGACACAUUUGUGCAUAACAAAUGUACCGAGGUGUUGGCUGCAGCCCUUGCUGCCUAUAAACAGGAAAUGACGUCACAAAUGAAAGACAAGAUCCCCUGCGAAGCCGAAGCGAUCAGGGAAUCACACGAGAAUGCAGUAGAUGUUGGUUUAGUAACGUUUCGUCGUGAAACGUUUGAUUUGUCGACAAAACACGUUGACGAGUAUCUGACAGAGUUUAGGAAUAAAACAAAGACCAUCCUGGAAGAUUGGAUACAAGAAAACAGACGUCAUACUCAAGUCUACUGCAGCAACCUGCUCAAGAAACUAAAAGAACAAAUCCUGAACCCAGUCCUCGCUCAGCUAUGUGGUUCAGGAGCCGCUAAGAUGGAGUUUAAGGACCUUGUUGAAGCUUACGAUAAAAUAGAAGAAAGAUACAAGAUGGAUGGUCGUGGAGCUAAAGACGUGCAAGCAAAUAUCCUCAUGAAAUUCAUACCGGAACUUCGAGAUGAAAUGCAACAGCACGCCGAGGUCUUGAAACGCAUGAAAGACUACGAUGAAGAAAUUGAACGUGAAAAGACGAACAAAAUUGUCGCAGAGGAACAACAACGUCGCUUUGAGGAACUAAUGGCCGAACUCGAAGAAGAAAGGCAAAACAUGGAGAAACAAGUGGAACUUCUACGAGAAAAGCAAAAAGAGGAAAUAGUAAGAAUACAGCAGAUUGCUAUGAAAAAUGCGAAAGAACGCCAAGAACAGAUGGACAACAUGCUGCAGGCCAACUUUCAACAACGAAUAAAAGACAGACAGGAAGCCAUUAGACAGCAGAAGAAGCUGGAGGAAACUCUGGAGGAAUUGAAAGAAUCUUUGAAAAACAGACGAGUAGAAAUAAUAGAGAUAGAUAGGAGGAUAGAAGAACACUCUAAGCCUGGUAUGAUGGAUAUUCUAGCCCCCAUUGCUACCUUUGCGAUAAGCAGGUUGCUCACCAGGUUUGUACCCGCCUCCUGUAGUAUUAUGUAGACCAUACAUUGCAUAAUCCAAGCUAGACCACGAUGUAUCAUGAUAACUAUCUUAGAAAAAAACUAAGGUAGGUACUUCAUGUAUGGGACGAACAGCAGUAGCACGUCGCUCUGUGAACUAAGAAGGCUGAACACGAAAGGACAACAAUCGACACAAUCCCGAUAUAAUCCUUACUACACUCCUUCGCUGUGAUAUCACAAAAUUAAAACAUAAUUUAAUUAAAAUCUCUCACAUAAACUGA